GACUUUACAGGAUCAACAAAAGGUCUUGCUGCUGGUCUGUCCGUUUCUCUGGCUUUGCUGUUCAUUGUCAUGAUUAGUGUGCUUCUGUUCUUGAAAAGGAGGGGACUUCUUCCAAAGUUAUGCAAACAAAAUGAUGACAAAAACAACAAUACUGCAGACACUGCGACAGAAGUAUCAUUCGUAUCUACAUCGAUAAGUGAAUCUACUACAAACACAAUGCAGGACUUAACUGCCUCAAAUCAUUCGUACUUUGUGCUUGAGAAAACAUUUGAAGUAACAAAAAAAGACGAGACCGAUCAUUAUGCAGAGCCAGAUACGUCCGAUGUUGACCAUCAUGAUUUCAUGAAAACGUCGCAGAACAAUACUGGUAACAAUUAUGACACAAUCGAUAGCGAAAAGGCCUCAGCAAAAUCUGGAUUGACUAAGCUCAGUAGCGACUACAACAAAGUAACUUUACAUCAAACUAAUGAGUACGAUCAUGUUCAUCUCAGUGGAAGGCCGACCAAGUAUGACAGACAAACUGAAAAUGAAUACGAUAUUUCGGAUAAUGAUAUCGACGGCAAACGCGAUAAAACUUAUGAUGAUGAUGACAGUGACACCUACAACCAUUUGAAGAAGCAAGAUUUGAAGAGUUCUGGCACAGGUGAACUUUAUGGAAUGCCAAAUGCAGACGGCGACAGUGGUUAUGAUACUUCCGGUGCUCUAAAACGUAGCAGGAAUAUAACUACGAAAGAUCAGCAGCCUGAAUAUGCCGUGAUUAAAAAGAAAUGGUAGAAUUAUGUUCCAGUUAAAGGAAGUUAAUGGACACGAUAUAAUAACUUUACAUCGAUAAAUUCCAUGUCGGAUGGAAAUAAUAUACGUUGCAUGCAGUGAUAGUCGACUAAAUCAUGACAAAUCUUAAGGAGAGGACAUACCCAACUAGAUAUCUCUUCAGUUCCAUUAUCGUUAAUUUGCCAAGUGUAUAACAACUGUUUGGAAAUACAAACUCGUCAGUCAAUUAAACAAAGAAUGAUUGUAAUGCUAUUUUGAGCCGAAAAGACCACUAAUUUGUAUCACCUCAAUGGCGAUUUCGGAUAACCAGUUUCAACCUUUUAAAGAAUUUGUUAUUCCACCGUUCUGUUUUUUUUUUCAGAGCGUUGUUUAAAGCUUUGACUGUUGUAAAACCAAACAAUGCAAAACUGAUCAUGUAUGGGUGGUUUGAGUGGUAAUGUUGCCUCUUCAGUGGUAAUGUCCACGUGAGACGUAAAGGAAUACCCGAAAUUGCUGACGGCGGCAUUUCAGACAACAUAAUUAUCUCAUACCAGCGGAAAAGUAACCAUUCAUUGGAAAACAUCGUCCUAAUAUAAUGCAGACACUCUUUAUGAUUAAAUAGAAGGAAACACUAAUGCAAUGGUUGAUGAAUUGCAUUGUAAAGAAUGUUUAUGGCAAUGCGAUACAUUAUUGUCCGCAAAUGAACUUAGAGGUUCAAAGAUUUGAAACAUAAAAUGCCACCAAUUUUGCAUUUGUGUUAUAAGCAUAUUGUGUAAUAGAUAUAAACGUCAUCGUUAUUCAAAUUUAACAAACUUAAUAAAUUGUUGUAAACAA